UUCCCCCCCUCCCCUCCAGAGCCAGUCAUGGCAGAAUUGGGGGUUGGAGGCAGCAGACAGCUAGUAGCCAACAGCCCAUAAGCCUGCUGUGUUUUUUUGGGGGGGAGGGGGGGGUCACACACGGUGGAUAAUUGACUGCUGGUGGAUUCUCUGGUUGUCUACUGGUGGAUUCUCUGAUUGCCUAUGGAAAGGGUUGGCCCCCUAAAGUCUCAUUGAGUUUAUUCUUUUCUUUUCUUUUACUUUGUUUACUGGGGAUUUUUUUUUUCUUGGAAGGACCCUCGGUUGGGGGGGGGUGCCUCUCGCCAAGAUGAACAGCCUCCCCUUCGAAGACCCCGUCCUGGACGGCUUGGACUCUUCGCUGACGCUCAACGAGACCAGCGAGAUCGACACGGCUCUCUUGAGUGACAUUGACGACAUGCUCCAGUUGAUCAACACGGAAGACAGCGAUUUCCCCAGUCUGUUUGAUGCUCCGUUCGGCGGGAAUGCGUCUCCGGAUCCCAAUCCGCACGGAUCCAGUUUGUUCGGCAGCUACCUGGGGACGAGCAACCCGUCCGCCUCCAAUCUCUUCCCUCUUCCGGCUCCAUCCCAAACGAGUUUUCAGGCCUUGCCGCCGAGCAGUGCCGGCGUGAACCCGACCCCCAUGGACGUCAAGGAAGAGACGGCGGCCGCGACCGUCAAUCAGCCGCCAACCCAGAUGCCGUUGGGCAGGAGGACGACUCAGAGUUUUGUUCCGGCGCCGCAGGCCCAGUUCUCAUCGCAGGCGCUGAUGGGCUUCCCAAGCCAGAAUGGUAUUCCUGCUCCUCAGCCAGCAGGGCCUCCUCCGCCCCUCUCGAGCCCCCCGGUCACAUCCCAGCAGCCCCCGCCAGCGGUGCAGCAGGCUCCGGUCCAGAGCAUCAUGCCUCAGCAGUUUCUGGCGCCCAGCACUCCCCAGGUCAUCUCGUCUCAGAUCCAACAAGUGCCGGUUCUACUGCAGCCCCACUUCAUCAAAGCCGACUCUCUGCUUCUGACGGCGGUCUCCGGGGUCAAGACUUCGGGCAUCACAACACUGGCCACCACAACAGCUGUGCAGUCCACACCGCUGCAGAUGCCGACGCUAGUGAGUGGCGGCGCCAUCCUGGCAACCGUGCCAUUGAUGGUGGACACGGAUAAGCUGCCCAUUAACCGCCUGACCGCCGGGAAGCCCCUGGCGAACCAGGGCAAAGGUGAGAAACGCACAGCGCAUAACGCCAUCGAAAAACGUUACCGCUCGUCCAUCAACGACAAGAUCGCAGAGCUGAAGGAUCUGGUGAUGGGCACGGAUGCCAAGCUGAACAAGUCGGCCAUUUUGCGGAAGGCGAUCGACCACAUCCGUUUCUUGAAGCAGGCCAACCAGAAGCUGAAAACAGAGAACAUGGCCCUCAAAAUGGCUGCCCAGAAUAACAAGUCCCUGAAGGACCUGGUAGCCACAUGUGGCAGGAAUGUGGAAGACCCUGCAGAAGGGGUGAAACUGAUGGAUACCAUGACACCGCCCCCGUCGGACGCUGGCUCCCCCUCAUACAGCAGCCCCCUUUCACUUAGCGGGACGAGCGGAAGUGACUCGGAGCCCGACAGCCCGUUCUGUGAAGAGGCCAAGGUGAAGGUAGAGGCUCAGACGCUCUCCGCUGGCAGUCUGGGGAUGCUGGACCGGUCCCGCAUGGCUCUGUGCGCCUUUGUCUUCCUCUGCCUCUCAUUCAACCCUCUGUCAUCCAUCUUGGGAGGGUCAAGUUCUGCCGGCCCCUCAGAGGUUGCUAGUCCGAGUGGCCCUGGGCGCAGUAUGAAGUCUGAGAAUGAGCCUAGAGAUGCUCCUGUUGCCUGGUCCCAGUGGCUUCUCCCCACCUUGGCCUUCUGGCUGGUCAACAUAACGGUGGUUCUGGGCGCCUUCAUCCGGCUCUUCAUUUACGGCGAACCCGUCACGAGACCGCAUUCAGAGUCCUCUGUCCUUUUCUGGAGGCACCGCAAACAGGCAGACCUGGACUUGGCACGGGGGGAUUUUGCCCAAGCCUCCCAGAACUUGUGGACAGCGCUCAAAGCCCUGGGCCGCCCUCUCCCCACCUCCAACCUAGACCUCACCUGCAGCCUGUUAUGGAACCUGAUCCGGCACGUGCUUCAGCGGCUCUGGGUGGGGCGCUGGCUGGCAGGGCGAGCCGGGGGCUUCUUCCGCGACCGCGAGCUCAAGGCUGACGUGCGCAAGAGCGCCUGCGACGCGGCACUGGUUUAUCACCGGCUGCAUCAGCUGCACAUGACAGGAAAGCACGUGGCCGGUCACCUGUCAGCUAUCAACAUGGCGCUGAGUGCUGUGAACCUGGCCGAGUGCGCGGGGGGCACCAUGUCCGUGGCAACGCUGGCUGAGGUCUACGUGGCGGCCGCACUACGGGUGAAGACCAGUCUCCAUCGCUGCUGCCACUUCCUGGCGCGCUUCUUCCUCAGCAGUGCCCGGCAGGUGUUGCUGUCCCACAGCGGAACUGUGCCCCCCGCCCUUCAGUGGCUGUGCCACCCUGUGGGCCACCGUUUCUUCGUGGACGGCGACUGGGCCGUGAAGAGCUCCCCGCGAGAGAGUAUCUACAGCUCCACCAGCAACCCCGUUGAUCCCCUCGCACAGGUGACCCAGCUUUUCCGGGAGCAUCUACUGGAAAAGGCCCUGUCUUGUGUGUCCAGGUUGGAGGGACAGCCACUGGUCAGCCACGGCGAGGGGGAAUUUUCCGAUGCCCUCGAGUACCUGAACUUCCUCAACAGCUGUGCAGACGCCGUUCCUGGCCCGGCCCCCUUCAUCAGCACCAAUAUGGAUGCCACCACGGGCACCGACCCCGUGGCUAAUUGGUGGUCCUCCGUGGUUACCAUGGUGAUCCACGGGUUGCAAGGGGACGACGAAGCCAUGGACCGCCUGUACCCGCUCGUGGAAUCCAUGCCCAAAGUCCUGCAGACGUCUGAGAACCCUCUUCCACGUGCAGCACUGCACACCUUCAAGGCCGCCCGGGGCUUGCUGGGCAACCUGGACUGCAGCCUGGGCCAGUGUGACAAAGCCAGUGACUACCUGCGGGACAGCUUGGGAGGGAACGCGGCCACAAGCACUAUUGACCGAGCCAUGCAGUUCCUGCUGUGCGACCUCCUCCUGAUCAUCCGCACGAGGCUCUGGCAGCAGCAGAUGCAGGCGACUCAGCCCCACGGGAGCCCUUACCAAGCUUCUGCCCUCGAACUGCGCGGCUUCCAAGGGGACCUCAGUAGCCUCCGGCGCCUGGCCCAGGCUGACCGGCCCGCUAUGCACAGGGUUUUUCUGCAUGAAGCCACAGCCCGGCUGAUGGCCCGAGCCAGCCCCACGCGGACCCACCAGCUGCUGGACCGGAGUUUGCGCCGAAGGGGGGCUUCAAGCAACAAGGGAGCCAGUGAACAGGAGAACCACCCAACGGCGCGGGAGCAGGCCGAGGCCCUGUUGCUGGCCUGUUCCUACCUACCGCCCGCAUUUCUCUUGGGGCCGGGUCAGCGGAUGGGCAUGUUGGCCGAGGCGGCUCGUUCACUGGAGAAGCUGGGCGACAAACGGACGCUCCACGAGUGCCAACAGAUGAUCAUCAAGCUUGGCAGCGGCUCCACUGUUACCACCAGCUAGAGAGUCAGAGCAGAGGAUGGGGUGAGGGGCGUGGGACCACCCUGCGGGGCGUGAUCCCUGCAAGCACAACUUGCCUCUGUUUCUUGUGGACGGUUGGUGGGGGAGACGGGGGAUUCUGAAGACCUGGACCUGCUGAUUCUGAGCUUUUCUCUAGGUAAUAAGUUCUCUACGCAGCUAAGACUUUGCCUCCCUAGUUUCCAUGGCACAUGUCCCCGCCCCCUUAUUACGGUUGUGUUCCGAGCAGACAGAGGUGCAAGACAGCUGCGGUGUUUGCUGGGGAGGGGGGAAGGUGGAAUUAUAUCAAAAGCAAUUUGUAUGUGUGUGGGGGGGUCCUUAUAUCUUGAGAGACUUGUUGAGAAGGUGGAGGUGUCGCCCCCCCGCCCCCGAGGAUGGACUGUGACCUGAAAUGCACCAUCUUUCUUCCAACACAUUCAUGCUUGGUGUCGACUCCUUGCCCACCCUUGGCAGCGACUUGGGCCCGAUGGCUUUUCGCAAUAGUUUUGCUUCUCAUCUGCCCACCGUGGCUCCUCCGGCCAGCCCCACGGGGGUUCAUCACUCCCCCCCUUUCCCCAUCUCCCUGUAGCCCUCCAUCUUUAGUAAGGAAACGGGGACCCCUAGGGGCAGCUCCCCAUAUUGCAGGAUGCUAAUUUGUCUCAUUGACUAGUGUGUACGAAUAGAACUACAGCAUCCAGGGUGGACUCCGGUCUGUGUCCCAGACUGGGCAUUUGUUGACCAGCUGUUGUGUUUCCUUCCCCCUGGCACAAGGGCACAGCUGGCACCCUGGCACAAGGGCACCCGGUGGCAAAGCUGCUUUUGCGUGGCCAUGUUUAAGGAGGGCGAAAUUCUCGGGGGGCAGGGCCUUUUCCUUUAAAAUGCACUCGUGUUCCGAGAAGGGGGAGGGCACUGGGGAUUUUGCCGGUCUUCGGGAUGUGGCGACUUGUGGUUCUCUCCUGUGGGGUGGUGUCCCUGAAAGCCGACCGUGUGAAUGUUGAGGUACCAAGUCACCUCAAGGCUGUGUGGUCCCCAAGUCAAAUCCCGCGGACGAUUAGCGAUGUUAGACCCUUGCAGCUAAAAUAGAGAAGAGUCCGGUGACACCUUAAAGACCAACAGAUUUUAUCCCCGCAUAAGCUUUUGAGGGCUAGAGAUUUCUUCGGUGUCAUAGAUGACUUGAGGGGGGAAGUACACCCCCUCGUCACAAUAUUUCCAUGGGGGGGGGGGAACCUGUGCUCCUUGGUGGGUGUUAGGAGCAGAGGGUGUUUUGCCUAGAGAUGCUGGGAGUGGGUUUGUUUUUCGUAUUUCAGUGGAAAUAUCACGAUGGGGAGUUUCGCCUUGCCCUGCCAGAGAGAAGCAACUUCACAUCAGAGGUGUCCGUGUGAUUCGAUCGAUGAAUAUCCCGGAAAGAAAAUGGCGGACACUUAGGUUAAUUUCAGAUUCCUAUGUUCCGGCAGUUUUUUUUUUUUGGGGGGGGGACUCAUUUUGUCUUUCCAGCCCCCCAUGUAGACAUUGGUCUGGCACUAGGUUCUGCGUCUUGGCCCUCCCCCCAUCAGACUGUCUGUGUGGUGAGGAAGCUGUUGCUAUGGGAACCAUCCCAUCGGGGCAGGGGCAACGGAGGGUUCCGGCUCAGUCAUGGGAGAGACAGACGUGGGAACGGUGCCCCAUACAGGGUUUCUCUCUUAGGUGCAGGCAACGUAUAUAUCGCUCCCCGCCGCAUCCUUUCCCCUACCUGUACCACUCUUCCUUUUAAAAGUUAUUUUCAUAGUGCGAGUUUUUUGUACAGAUGAUAAAAUAAAA